AUGGUCGCGAAGCUCAACCUCGACGCGUCCACCUCGGACGAGCGGAACGCGGGCGCUCCACUCGCCAGCGCCAGGGGAGGUCCGACGCAGCGGCUGAACUCGGCACGGGCCUCGCCCCGGACGGGCAACCUGGUGGAGAGCGCUCAGGAUUUGAUGAAUGCGGUGCUGCCGCCCGUCAACCCAGCGAGCCAGGGGUACGACGAGCCACCGCCGCGCCCAUACCGCGAGCCGUCGACGCCGGCCUACGAGGAGGAGGACGUGUUCGAGGUCGCCGUCAUGGGCGAGGACGGCGACGUCGUCGGCGCCAUGUACGCCGGUGAAGGGCUCACGUCGGCGACACUGAGCGAGGGAGCAGCGGGUCUCGACUGGGCCGCAGAGGCGCUGCUGCUGACGCACGAGCCGCUGCGGCGGGACAUGCUCGAGAUGCAGCGCGUGCUGACGCCGCAGUACUUUGGCGACCUGCCCGAGGUCUGGCGCGUCAACUGCUUCUUCCGCUUCUUCGACGGCUGGUGUGCACUCGUCGCCCAGCACCAGCGCGUGCAGGUGGAGGUGCACCACGACUGGCUCGCGGCCUCGUGCGAGGGUCUGCCGGACGGACACCGCCGCGAGCUGCUCGAGCACGCCAAGGAGGUCGAGACGGCGCUGCUGGCGAUCUCGCGCAUGGAGCCCCGCAUCCUCGGCGAGAUAGCGGCGCUGCACACGGCGCUGGGGGGGGAUGACCCGUGGUCGGAGGAGGCGCAGCUGCUUCGCGAUACGGUCGACGCGCUCUUCACAAAGCUGCGCUCCUACCUGACCAAGCAGGAAGAGCUGCUCCCGCCGCUAUGCCAACCGUCAUCACAAGAGGAGCUUCUCCCGCCGCUGCUCCGAGAGCACUGGGGCACUGACCGCUGCGCGCCCGACUACGUCCAGCGCACCCUCGCCGCCGCCGCCAAGGCGCGCCGCGUCUACACCUACGAGCCGCCAAUCACUGAUGAAGAAGCGCCUCGCGGUGGCGGCGCCGUCAAGCUGCUGCCUUGGCUCCCACACUGCCAGCGCAAGCCAUCUCCGAUCCUGCACUACCUGCGCAAGCGCGACCCGAGCCGCGCGCGCAUCUUCGUGGCGCAGCUGCCUCGCAUGCAGCGCAUCCGGCUCGCCAUGGGGGGGGGAGGCGCGUACACGACGCACCUCGAGACGCUGCGCGCCAUCCUGGGCGUCGACGCACCGGCGGGGAUGCGCAAGCCGCCUUCUUCGGCCGUGGCGGUCGCAGCGCGGACGAGCCAGGGGGACGCCGUCUCUGCCGCGGCACAGGAGCCCGACACGGCCAAGCGCGAGAAGGCGCGGAAGCAGGCGCGGAUGAGCGCAGUGCUCGCCGCCGCCAACUCGGAGCGCCACUCGCAGACGAACGCGUCGGAGAGGCGCAGACUCUCGAUCAAUCUCGGCCAGUCUCGGCUCAUCCGCCUCCCCGUCCUUCCCUCCAGCGUUCGCGAGAUGGCGAUGAGCACGACGCCGCUGCACAACUACGGCGGCGACGAGUUCAAGUGGGUCAACAAGUUUGAGGCGCCAAAGUUCGACCUCUGGGGCAAGAUCGGCGUCGAGAAGCCAAAGACGCCGCGCCGCAUGUGACGCGUGUGCGCGUGGCCGCUCCGCGAGAUCACGGUUUGCGCGCAGCUACUCGCAUUGAGCUCGGCAGCCGUAUGGGGUUACUCGCACCGGCCACGAGGCGCGAACUGAUCUUGGAAGGCUGGCAGGGCGGGAUUGUUCUCUGAGAUGUGGCGAUGAGUCAGACAGGAGACUCGGCUAGGAGAUGCGUAGAGUGAAACGCUCACUGAUGUGCA